AUUGUAUAAGGUGAGGUUGGGUCAGUGAUGAUUAUUGUUUGAUGUUUUAUGUACUUUGUACUUUUACAGGCUGCAGCUCCACUUCUGCUAGAACAACUGGAGAAGGAGAAAGAGCUACUGCGGAUUUUUCUACAUGUGUCUCAAACAGAAAACUCCUUGCUCAGGAGAAUGAAUCUCAAGUCUUUUCUCAUGGUGCCUGUACAGAGAAUCAUGAAGUACCCUCUGCUCCUUGGGAGGUUACACAAGUCCACAUCUAGUCAUCACGAAGACAGGGAAGCAAUAAAAGAAGCUCAAUGUAGAGUAGAAGAAAUUCUGGAUCAUAUCAAUGCAAAAACCAAAGCCUCAGCCACUGGUCUCAGAUUGCGGAGAAAAGGAUCUGGCUCCAAGAAGAGCAUAGGUACUGACAAUAUAGAACUAAACAAGGUUGCCUUGGAAACGCUAUGUUGGACCAGGAAUGAGGUAAAAAUAAUUACUGCUGGAAAGCUACAGUAUGCACAGCCUGCUGACUCUACCUGGCCCAGGAAGUACAAGAAUCUCAAGUUUGCACCUAUUUUUGGUGUUUUGGCCACACUUGGAAAUCCCAAGCCUUACAACACACUGGAUGAAGUGAUGCUGUUUCCCAGACCACAUACAGUCCCACAGCAGGCAGCGCUUGUGAUCAUACGGGAGAAAGGAGGACGCUUUCAAAGUAUUAGGGAACCUAUGUAUCUAGACAAGUGUGUAGUUGCCAUAGACCCAGAACUGCCAGAGGUCUUUGAGAUCCAUGAGAUGGCAAAAGAUGUCUUUCUCUUUAAGUCUGAAGACCCCAAAGACACCUUAUUGUGGUACCGCCACUUGAAGUAUUUAAGUCUCGGUCAAGGAGCCUGGAGACAUAGAAGAAAUGGACUGGCCAAUAUCAUGAUAAAAAAUAAACCAAAACCAGUUUAAAAUUUUGCAAAUCCCAUAAUAUAAUUAUUAUUGUGAAAAGUGUUCUCUUGUGCUGCUUUAGAAUUAUACAACAUAGUAUUGAAUAUAUUAGGAGAUAAGUGAUCUUUACUUCAUUUAAGAUGAUAUUUCAAAGACUAUGAAAACCUUCCUUCUAAGGGAAAUACCAGAGAAGUUCAUUGCUUGGCAAAUGUGAUAAAAAAGACAAUCAGAACUAUUGCCCGGACUGUUUAUUUUACACAAGAUUUUCCCAGUGAUGUUGUUGUUCUGAAAACAGAGUUGUGGGCGUUCAAGGUUGUGUCAUGCAGCUUCGGACAAUGUGAAAAUGGUGCCAUGUGUAUCACAUGGCUCCGUACUUCUGGUGGGUCUAGUGUUUUGCUAAA